AUGGAGUCGAUCUGCUGGCUGCUGGUUACGACUGGAGUGGAGUUUGAAGAAGAAUUUCUUGAGACAAGAGAACAAUAUGAGAAGUUGCAAAAGGAUGGAUGCCUGCUUUUUGGCCGAGUUCCAUUGGUGGAAAUAGACGGGAUGCUACUGACACAGACCAGAGCCAUCCUCAGGUUCUUGGCUGCCAAGCACAACCUAUAUGGGAAGAACCUGAAGGACAGAGCAUUUAAGACAAGAAUCAGCAACAUUCCUACAAUUAAGAAGUUCCUGCAACCUGGAAGUCAGAGGAAGCCACCUCCAGAUGGUCACUAUGAUGACAUGGUCAGGACCGUCCUGAAGUUCUAG